AGUCUAAAAAACAAAAAGAAUAAAAAAAAAUAGAAAGGAAAUUCAUUCGUUUGCAGAAAGAAAAAAAAGUAAAUGAAAAGGGUUUGCAGAGGAAUCAAUUCGGACGGCGACGCUUACCCCUCCGUCUCUUACUCCCUCUGACGGCGGCAUUUCCCCUCCGUCUCUUACUCCCUCUGACGGCGGCGUUUCAGUCUCAGCUUGGCACCUCCUCCACUCCACUUUGCCACCAAUUCCUUCUGUUUCUACAAUCUACAGACAGACACAGCUUACAAAACCUACGGUAACAUGGAUGAAUUUAGUAACGCCAUCACAUCCCUUUGGUGGGAUGCCGAAAACUGCAGACUUCCCCGUGACGCUAAAGCAAGCAAUAUAGUGCCUAAUAUUGCUUCAAAUCUGGCUGCUAUCGGCUUAACCGGGCCACUAUCUAUGUACAUUUAUGGCAACAUUCGUCCACACGUUGAUCAUAAUAACAAUCGUAAAGGCUUUACGACGAAACAACAUAUGGAUCUCUUCGCCUCCUCGUGUGUUUCUUUGCAACAUGUUCCUGGGGAUAAUAAUAGAGCAGAUUCGGCUGAUAAGAGAAUGAUACUAGACAUGAUGGAUUGGGCAUACCACCAUUCUCCACCGGCCAAUUAUGUUAUAAUAUCCGGAGACGGUGAUUUUUCUUAUGCGGUUCAUAAUCUUAGAAUGAUGAGAUACAAGGUAGUUAUUAUUCAACCAAAGGUAGCUGCGAAUACUUUAGUAGCGUCUACGCAGACGGUUUGGAAAUGGAACGAUUUUGUAGAUAGAGUACCUAGGUCGGUGAAUCCUAUGAACCUGAAAACACCACCAUCUCUCAAUCGGACUUAUGACAUUAAAGGCAUUGAAUACACCACAUCACCUAUUUUUAUCUGUUGGGAUGUUGGAAGCUUCCCUGUUCCGGAUAAUCUAAAUCCACAAGAUGUAUCACUUAACAUUGACUUGGCACUUUCCAGAAUCCAGUUAAAAGGUCGUCUAUAUUUCCACUGUUACGGUUGUUCUAAUUCUACAACGUAUGAUCGUCGUCAAAUUCUUUUGAAUACAGGAAUUGAACAACAUGAAAUUUCUAAAGAUCUUAAAACCGCUGAUAAGAUAAGUUUUGCGAAGCUGCUUUUGUGGUCUUUGGACCACCACCCACCCGCAAGCUAUGUAGUGAUUUCAAAUGAUCUAGAUUUGUGGAUUGCACUCUCGAGAUUAAAAGAAAAAGGCUAUAAUAUUAUGGCCGUUCAAGAUCAACAACCUUGCCCGCUGCUGGUAAGCAAACUUGCUACAAAAAUAUGGGAGUGGUCUGUCCUCUGUAAGGGAGGAGUCCCUUUAACCAAGGAAGAAGUUGCAAGCCAACACCCAAAGCCAAAAACCCAAGUGUCCAAGAAACAAAAUGUAGGAGAUUCUUCUUUGUGGGUUGCAAGACAAUAGUUUCUGUAGUUAUUUAGUGAUCCACUUUCUUGCUUUUGCUAAUUUUUCGUUUGGAUAUUGAAUGUUAUGGAAUUACGUUGAGAUAUAACUCUGUAAAUCUUGCCAUGCAUACUUUUGGUGUUA